GUUAAAGUAGAACCAGUCAUGGAGGAAUGUAAACCAGACCCAAUGGAACAAGAUGAGAAGAAAUCUGAUGUGAAGACUGAAAUACCAGAGGGGGAAGAAAGACCUACUUCUCCAGCUACUCAGUCUUCUCCGGCAGCUGGGCAGUCUAAGAAAAAAAUUUUCAAGCCAGAAGAGUUGCGGCAGGCGCUUAUGCCAACACUGGAGGCACUUUACCGUCAGGAUCCAGAGUCUCUUCCAUUUCGGCAGCCUGUGGAUCCCCAACUACUGGGAAUUCCUGAUUAUUUUGACAUAGUGAAGAACCCCAUGGACCUUUCUACUAUCAAGAGGAAGCUAGACACAGGACAGUAUCAGGAACCGUGGCAAUAUGUAGAUGACAUCUGGCUCAUGUUCAAUAAUGCCUGGCUGUAUAACCGCAAAACAUCCCGGGUAUAUAAGUACUGUUCCAAACUGGCAGAGGUGUUUGAGCAAGAAAUUGACCCAGUUAUGCAGAGCCUUGGUUAUUGCUGUGGAAGAAAGUUGGAGUUCUCACCGCAGACUUUGUGUUGCUAUGGCAAACAGCUAUGCACAAUCCCUCGAGACGCCACUUACUACAGUUACCAGAACAGGUAUCAUUUCUGUGAGAAGUGCUUCAAUGAAAUCCAAGGGGAGAGCGUUUCUCUGGGAGAUGACCCAUCACAACCUCAAACCACGAUAAAUAAAGAACAGUUCUCAAAAAGGAAAAAUGAUACACUGGACCCUGAACUAUUUGUUGAAUGUAUAGAGUGUGGAAGAAAAAUGCACCAGAUCUGUGUUCUUCAUAAUGAGAUAAUCUGGCCUUCCGGCUUUGUCUGUGAUGGCUGCCUAAAGAAAACAGGACGAACCCGGAAAGAGAACAAAUUCUCUGCUAAAAGGUUACCAGCUACAAGACUUGGUACCUUCUUGGAGAACAGAGUCAAUGACUUCCUAAGACGACAGAAUCACCCUGAGGCAGGAGAGGUUACAGUUAGGGUGGUACAUGCAUCUGACAAAACUGUUGAAGUAAAACCAGGAAUGAAAGCAAGGUUUGUAGACAGUGGAGAGAUGGCUGAGUCUUUCCCUUAUCGAACAAAAGCACUUUUUGCCUUUGAGGAGAUUGAUGGUGUAGACUUGUGCUUCUUUGGGAUGCAUGUACAGGAGUAUGGCUCAGAUUGUCCUCCUCCCAAUCAAAGGCGAGUGUAUAUAUCUUACCUUGACAGUGUUCAUUUCUUCCGCCCUAAAUGCUUGAGGACUGCUGUCUAUCAUGAAAUACUAAUUGGAUAUCUAGAAUACGUCAAGAAACUAGGGUAUACUACUGGACAUAUCUGGGCGUGCCCACCUAGUGAAGGAGAUGACUACAUCUUCCACUGCCAUCCUCCUGACCAAAAGAUACCCAAACCCAAACGACUGCAAGAGUGGUACAAAAAGAUGCUGGACAAAUCUGUGUCGGAGCGCAUUGUCCAUGAUUACAAGGAUAUAUUUAAGCAGGCAACAGAAGAUCGCCUAACAAGUGCAAAAGAGCUGCCUUACUUCGAAGGGGAUUUCUGGCCUAAUGUUCUAGAGGAGAGCAUUAAGGAACUAGAGCAAGAGGAAGAAGAACGGAAAAGAGAAGAAAACACUAGUAAUGAAAGCACGGAUGUGAGCAAGGGAGACAGCAAAAAUGCCAAAAAGAAGAACAAUAAGAAGACAAGUAAGAACAAGAGCAGCUUGAGUCGUGGCAAUAAGAAAAAGCCUGGCAUGCCCAAUGUGUCCAAUGACCUCUCCCAAAAGCUGUAUGCCACUAUGGAGAAGCACAAGGAGGUCUUUUUUGUCAUCCGUCUCAUUGCUGGCCCUGCAGCCAAUUCCCUGCCCCCCAUCGUUGAGCCUGACCCACUCAUUCCAUGUGACCUGAUGGAUGGGCGUGAUGCUUUCCUAACCCUUGCUAGAGACAAGCACCUGGAAUUCUCCUCACUACGAAGGGCUCAGUGGUCGACCAUGUGCAUGCUGGUGGAACUGCAUACCCAGAGCCAAGACCGCUUUGUUUACACCUGCAAUGAGUGCAAGCAUCAUGUGGAGACCAGAUGGCACUGCACUGUCUGUGAGGAUUAUGACCUGUGCAUCACCUGCUAUAACACUAAAAACCAUGACCACAAGAUGGAAAAACUAGGCCUUGGUCUAGAUGACGAGAGCAACAACCAGCAGACUGCAACCACUCAGAGCCCCGGUGAUUCACGCCGUCUGAGCAUUCAGCGCUGUAUCCAGUCUCUGGUCCAUGCCUGCCAGUGUCGUAACGCCAACUGCUCACUGCCAUCCUGUCAGAAGAUGAAACGGGUUGUCCAACACACCAAAGGCUGCAAACGCAAAACCAAUGGCGGGUGCCCCAUCUGCAAGCAACUCAUUGCUCUCUGCUGCUACCAUGCAAAGCACUGCCAGGAGAACAAGUGCCCAGUGCCCUUCUGCCUCAACAUUAAACACAAGCUCCGUCAACAACAACUUCAGCACCGCCUGCAACAGGCGCAGAUGCUCCGAAGGAGGAUGGCAAGUAUGCAGCGGACCGGUGUGGUAGGCCAGCAGCAAGGAUUACCUUCACCCACACCAGCCACCCCAACAACUCCAACAGGCCAGCAGCCCCCAACACCACAAACCCCACAACCCCAGCCUCCGCCUCAGCCUGCCUCGCAGCCUCAACCUGCACCUCCCAACAGUAUGCCACCCUACACCAUGCCAAGAACUCAGCCCCCCAGCGCUGUGUCCCAGGGCAAGGCAGGUGGCCAAGUGACUCCUCCAACUCCACCCCAGCCACCUCAACCACCAGUUCAGGGUCCUCCUCCAGCAGCAGUGGAAAUGGCCAUGCAGAUCCAGCGGGCAGCGGAGACCCAGCGUCAGAUGGCACAGGUUCAGAUCUUCCAAAGGCCAAUUCAGCACCAGAUGCCCCAGAUGCCACCUAUGGGAAUGAACCCUCCACAGUUAGGCAGAGGUCCCGGUGGUCAUAUAGAUCAAGGAAUGGGGCCGGCAGGAAUCCAGCAGCAGCCGCCGUGGGUGCAGGGGGGCUUACCCCAAGCUCAGCUGCAGCCAGGAAUGCAGAGGCCAUCCAUGAUGUCAGUAGCCCAGCCGGGUCAGCCAAUGAAUAUGGCACCUCAGCCAGGGAUGGGUCAGGUACCUGGUGCUGCUCAGCCCAAACAACCACCUCUGCCCCAGGCAGCCUUACAAAACCUACUGCGGACUCUCAGGUCUCCCAGCUCACCCAUGCAACAGCAGCAGGUGCUUAACAUCCUUCACUCCAAUCCUCAGCUGCUGGCUGCGUUCAUCAAGCAGCGAGCUGCCAAGUAUGCAGGAUCUCAGAACCCCCAGGGGAUGACAGGUCAGCCUGGCAUCCCCCAGGGUCAGCCAGGGCUACAGCCGCAGCAAGCCAUGCAAGGGCAGCAAGGAGGGGUGCACCCCAACCCAGCCAUGCAGAACAUGAACCCCAUGCAAGCAGGAGUGCAGAGGCCCAGCAUGCCCCAGCAGCAGCCGCAGCAGCAGCCACAGCAGGCCAUGGCUGGGAUGAAUCCUCAGGCGCAGCAGAUGAAUAUGAAUCACUCGGGGAUGGCUCCCCAGUUCCGAGACCUCCUGAUGAGACGGCACCAGAUGAUUGAGCAGCAGCGCCACCAGCAGCAACAGCAGCAGCAGGGAGCGGGACCAGCACUGGGGCCAGGGAUGGCCAACCACAACCAGUUUCAGCAGCCCCAGGGCGUCGGGUAUCCCCAACAGCAGCAGCAGCAACAGCAGCAGCGAAUGCAGCAUCACAUGCAGCAGAUGCAGCAAGGAAGCAUGGGACAGAUAAGCCAGCUUCCACAGGCAAUGAGUGCAGAGACAGGAGCCAGUUUGCAGCAGGCUUUCCAGCAGAGGCUACUUCAGCAGCAGAUGGGGUCCCCAGCUCAGCCCAAUCCUAUGAGCCCCCAACAGCACAUGCUCCCCAAUCAGGCCCAGUCCCCACACCUACAGGGCCAGCAGCUCCCUUCAUCGCUCACCAAUCAAGUGCGUUCUCCACAGCCUGUACCGUCACCGCGGCCCCAGUCCCAGCCCCCCCAUUCCAGCCCAUCCCCUCGGAUGCAACCUCAGCCUUCUCCACACCACGUCUCCCCGCAGACCAGCUCCCCGCAUCCAGGACUGGUAGCUGCCCAGGCUAACCCCAUGGAUCAAGGGCACUUUGCCAGCCCGGACCAGAGUGCAAUGCUUUCCCAGCUUGCUAGCAAUCCCGGCAUGGCAGGCCUCCAUGGUACAAGCGCCACGGAACUGGGGCUCAGCUCUGAGAACUCAGACUUGAAUUCAAACCUUUCACAGAGUACACUAGACAUACACUAGACACAUUGUAGCAUUUUGGGAGCAAAAGAAAAAAAAAAAAGAAAAAAACUUAUUUUCUCAAGACUUUUUGUACUGAAGACAAAUUUUUUUGAAUCUUUCUUAGCUAAAACAACAUUUUUCCCUGGAACACAUCUGAACUCUGCAGCAGUAGUUUGUGGUUUUAAAAACAAACCAAUAAUGAACCUGAGGGACAGUAGAGUACAAAGAAUAUAUUUUUGUUAUGGCUGGAAUCACAACCAGUCCUUUUUCUUGUUUUUUUUUUUUCCUUGUGUGCGUUGAGGAGGUUGGGGGAAGUGGGUGGUCUUUUGGCUGUUCACCAAAGGAUGCCCUACUCAUGCCUCCAAUAGGUUUUAUUUUUUUUUAAAUUAAUGAAAAUAUGUAAUAUUGAUAGUUAUUAUUUACUGAGGCAGAUGGUAAACAUUUUCCCUAUUCUGGUUUUUCUUCAUGUCACUGCAAAAAAAAACACAACAAAAACAAAACAAAAAAACCCCACAGGAGAACCUUUUCCUAAAAAUGGAGGACAAAAGGGGUUAAUGUUGCUUUAAAAAUACAUUACAUAUAUAAAUAUAUAUAUAAAAAAAUAAAUACCAAUCUUUUCCUCUUUGGUUGGAAAUAUGUCAAUUCUUUGA